AAAAUACACAUAACAAAAGUAAAAGAGGAAAACAACCCUCAUCUUUAUAUGCAUGUAAAAAGGAGGGUGCACUGUGCUUAUAGCGGCACACAGAAGCUGAGAAUCGCCUAAACAGCAAUCACCUAAAUCUUAAUGGCCACGCUUUCUGCUUGUGCUUCACCACCUUGGCUAAACCCUAACCCUAAUCCCAAUUCGAAUCCCGGCCCCAAUUGUCUCCCAGAUCAAUCUCAAACCCUCGACUUCGAUUCCCUAAUGGCCUCUCAAUCUCAAUUACCGCCUCAUCACGCUCCCACCGUUGCUUCGCCGGGAUCUUCUUCUCCCAACGCGGCUCCGGCGGAACUGCCGUCUCUCCUCCAUGUAUCUUUCAACCAGGACCACGCCUGCUUCGCUGCCGCUACUGAGAAUGGCUUCCGCAUCUACAAUUGUGACCCCUUUCGU